AUGGAACUUCCACAUGUUUCUGAUCUUCUCCACCUGGAUCCGCAUGACACACAGUGCCCGCGAUGGCCCCGAAUCCUGUACCGAAGUCCUCUCUACUCCACUCUCGGCAUUCCUCUCCCUUGCUUGUCUCCUUCAUUUUCUAACCUCUCUUCUUCCUCUUCUUCCUCUUCUUCUGCCUCUACUUCUUCCUCUUCUUCCGCUUCUUCUUCCUCGGAAUGUCGAAGCCUCGCGACGCCUGCAAGCUCCACGGUAGACCGGUCCAGUCAGGAGACCGGGGCGAUUCCCGGGACGCGCGUCACUGUGUCGGUGAUCAUCACAGCCAAGAAUGCUGGGCCUUUCAUCGAAGCAGCCGUCGAGUCUCUUCUCGCCCAGACCUACGUGAGAAGAAGGCAGCUUCGUGAAGCGGCACGGAUCCAGGAAGACGCGCCGCCUCCCUCCCCGGUGCUGCUCUCUCCGCCGGGAGAGCCCGCGAUGCGGCGUGGACCGGAAAAUGCAGGAGAAAGCGGACUCCAGUUGGGCGACGACAGACAAGGUGAGCAGCUGUCACUGACCCCUGAGCCUGGAGACGCGCAGUCGCUGGAGAAAGGCGGAGUAGAGCGAGCGAAGAAGAUGCGAUAUUCACCCCGCGAAGAGGCGCCUAACGAGGCCAAGCACAAACCUGUGGAGCGACUCGCGGGGACAUCCAGCAGGGGCGACCGCAGUCCUCGCUCUGAGGAGUGCCUUGCAGUUCACCCACAACCGCGUGCUGUCCUCAAAACACACGCCGCCUCCUGUCAAUCUUUGACUUGUGCUCCGCCUCACCCGUCUCCAUCAUCGGGCGCGGCUUCCCCGCUUUUAGCACCUGAUUCUCCAACUGUACCAACCUCUCAUUCGCAUGCGUCGUCGGAGUCGCCGUCUCCUUCACGAUUGCUCUCGUCGGUCACUCCCCUCGGCUCAUCUCCUGACACCACGUUCUCCUCUCCCUGUUCCACGUCGCGUACCGCUUCGGCUCGCCCAACACCUGAUCCGGUCGUCUCUCCGCCUUCUCCUUCGUCUGAUGCUGCUUCGCCUCUGACUUCUGGGGAUUCUUUGACGCCUCUGGAGAUCUGUAUCUUUGAUGAUGGGUCCACCGAUUCUACGCUAGAUGUGCUGCUCGGCAGCCUGGCUCCGAAAUGUUUCGCGAAGCGCGUCCUUCUCACCGUCGCAGCUUCGCCCUCGGCCUCUUCGUCCGAGAGCGGCGGAGUGGGCUACGGAAGAAACCAGGCAGUUCGCGUGAGUUCCGGCGACUUUCUCUGCUUCAUGGACGCCGACGACGAGGCGCUGCCUGAGCGCAUCGAAUUGCAGCUGCGCGAGGCGAGACGCAGACCCAAGGCCAUCGUUGGAUGCGGAUUUGUGAGGCACCCGCCACAGUCGACCGGCCGGUACACUCACUGGCUAAAUACUCUCUCAGAUGCCCAGCUGAUCACUUCCCGAUUUCGCGAAUGCACCUUGUUGAUGCCGACGUGGUUUAUGCCGCGUGCGGUGUUUGAGAGAGUUGGCGGCUUCGUCGAAGGGAGAAACCUCCGCUUUCUUCAGCCGUUUCAGAGCGAGAGCCGAGCGCAGACCGCAGCACGGAAGGGCUUCGGAGGAGGCGAUCCUCGACAGCCAGCAGCUCUGCCGGAAGAUCUUCUCUUCCUCUACCGGCACGUCCGCGAAGGCGGGGAUCUCGUCCGCCUUCCCGCGCCUCUCUACGUCUACAAGUACCACGAAAAGUGCACGUCGUUCACAGUCAGCAGCGAUCUCCUUUGGGAGCUCCGAAUCCACGAGUUCCAACGCCAAGUGAUGGAAAGCCUCCACAGGCCGUGGAUCAUCUGGAGCGUAGGUCGAGAUGGAAAACGUUUCUACCGUAGUUUGUCUGUGGAGAAUAAAAGGCGGGUGAUGGCCUUUGUCGAUAUCGAUCCAAAGAAAGUGGCGAGAGGUGCUUACGUCGAUUCUUUCCCGCCCCUCAAAGGGCGAAAAAUUCCGAUUUACUUUUGGGAAGCAGCCAGAACCCUUCAAUCCCCUUCGGAACAAAAACCCAUCUUCGUCGUCUGCGUAAAGUACGAAAUGCCGCCGCUCAACUCCCUCGAGCAAAAACUGGACAUGCUCGGAAUGAAGGAAGGCGAGGACUUCUUCUUCUUCUGCUAG